AGGAAGACACAGAAAGAGAGAGAGCGAGAUAGAGAGAGAGAGAGAGAGAGAGGGCGCGGGGAGGGGAGAGCGAAAAUAAGAGGUGAAAGAGCGAACGAGGAGAGCAGCAGCACACGGAUCAGUCACUCUCCGCUGGUGCUCCAACCCUGGAAACACCGUCCAUUCAUUAUAUCGCCCGUAAAUUCUGCUAUGCGCAUCGGAUGAGGAGACGCCACUUGCGCUUUGGUUUUGGAUUAGUGUUAAAUCUUGUACUGUGCAUCGCUGGACAGGAUGGAGCAUUGGAGACAGUGUGCGUUAUGGCUGAUCAAUUGUAAGGUGCUGCCACCCAACCAUCGGGUGACAUGGGAGUCCGCUCAGGUGUUCGACCUGGCGCAGACCCUGCGGGAUGGGGUCCUCCUGUGCCAGCUCCUCAACAACCUGAGACCCCAGUCCAUCAACCUGAGGGAGAUCAACCUGAGACCACAGAUGUCACAGUUUCUCUGCUUGAAGAACAUCAGGACAUUUUUGCACGCCUGCUCAGAGAUAUUCGGCAUGAAGAAGAGCGAGCUGUUUGAGGCUUUCGAUCUGUUCGACGUUCGAGAUUUCGGAAAGGUUAUGGACACACUGUCCAAACUCUCUCAUACACACAUUGCACAGCAGACUGGAAUAAGGCCAUUUCCCACAGAAGAGAGUGUUGAGGAUGAAGACAUUUAUAACCAUCUAGAGGAUCUGAUAGAUGAAAAUGGUGUUGAAGAUGAGGAAGAUCUCUAUGACUGUGUGUAUGAUGAUGACGAGGGUGGAGAGGUGUAUGAAGACCUGAUGAAGGUUGAGUUGGUACAGCCACAGAAACAGGCCGAGACGGACAUCAGGAGCUGCUGUCUAAUGGAAAUCAAACAGACUGAGGAGAAAUACACAGAGACACUGGACUCCAUAGAGAAAUUCUUUAUGAAGCCUCUGGGACAGUCACUGUCUGGUGUGGAUAUUCAAAAAGUGUUCAUCAAUAUACCAGACCUUGUGAAAGUGCACACAAGUCUUCUGAGGGAGAUUCAGGAUUCAGUGCUUAUGCAUAACGCCAGUAACCUGCACCAGAUUUUUAUAAAAUACAAAGAAAGAUUAGUCUUGUAUGGGAAAUACUGCAGUCAUGUAGAAUCAGCCAUUGCGUGUUUGGAUGACAUCUGUAAGAACAGAGAGGAUGUCAGGCAGAUGUUAGAGUUAUGUUCCAAACGAGCCAACAAUGGGAAGUUUACUCUGAGAGAUCUGCUAGUUGUUCCGAUGCAGAGAGUUCUGAAGUAUCAUCUGCUUCUACAGGAGCUGGUAAAACACACCCAUGAUGCCACAGACAAGAGUAAUUUACGGCAAGCGCUGGACGCCAUGAAGGAUCUGGCCCAGUAUGUCAACGAGGUGAAGAGAGACAUCGAGACUCUACGAGACAUCGACCAGUACCAGAAAUCUAUAGAAAACCUUAAUCAGUCUCUCCGUAACUACGGGAGACCGAAAGGUGACAGCGAAGUGCGAGUAUCUUCAGUCGACAAACGAGCCAAACAAGACAGGCACAUCUUUCUGUUUGACGCUGCUGUGAUCGUAUGCAAACGACGAGGAGAUAACUAUGAGAUGAAGGAGGUGAUUGACCUCCACUCCUUCAAGAUCACCAACAACCCGACCUCAGAAAGAGAAAACCGAAAGUGGUGCCACGGAUUCUACCUCACACACAACCAGGGUCAAAACGGCUUUGAGUUCUUCUUCAAAACCAAGGAGCUAAAGAAGAAAUGGCUGGAGCAGUUCGGCAUGGCAUUAUCGAACAUCUGUCCAGAGAGCGGGAAAAGUAAUUUCCAUGAGUUCCGCAUGCACACCUUUGAGACGACCACAUCCUGCAGCUCGUGUAAAAUGCUGCUGAGAGGAGUCUUCUAUCAAGGGUACCGCUGCUCCAAAUGUGGUGCUGGCGCCCAUAAGGAGUGUCUUGGCAGGGUGGACGUCUGUGCCAAAAGCAGUGCCGAUUCCAGCUCUUUCGGAUCACAGAUUGGAAAAACAACCUGUCGUGGAGGAGACGCAGGUCUACCUAAGAUGCAGGUCAUCCGUAAUUAUUAUGGUGUUCCAAGCCCCCUGAGCGGCCCACCGCUUAACAUCCAGGUUGGUGACAUCAUCGAGCUGAUCGAGGCGAACGUCCGCAGCUCUUGGUGGAAGGGUAAAGUCCUGGCAACUAAGGAGGUUGGCUUCUUUCCAAGCGACGCAGUGAAGCCUUGCCCAUGUGUGAAACCUACUGACUACUCUUCCCAGCCUUGGUUUGCUGGCCCAAUGGAGAGGCUGCAGGCAGAGGCUGCGCUGCUCAACAGAAGGAGCAGUACGUACCUGGUCCGUCACAGAAGCCGAGAGUUUAACGAGUAUGCCAUCAGCAUCAGGUACAACAACGACGUGAAACACAUCAAGAUCUUAACAAAGGAGGGAUCCUUCUACAUUGCAGAAAAUAGGAAGUUCAGAAGCAUUUUAGAGCUGAUCGAGUAUUACAAACAUCACUCUCUGCGGGAAGGAUUCAGGACACUUGAUACCACCCUGCAGUUCGCCUACCGAGAGCCGGAGAAUGGAGCCAACACCCCGUUGCUCUGCGGCCUGUCUUUUCUAACUCCUGCCGGCUACAGCUUUGUCCCCCCCUCUACCGCCCCAUUCUGGUCAGUGUUCACUCCCAAGGUGAUGGGUGUAGCGAUAGCCCGCUACGACUUCAGCUCCCGGGACACGCGGGAACUGUCUCUGCAGGAGGGCGAUGUGGUGAAGAUCUACAGCAAAACUGGAGCCAAUGGCUGGUGGAGGGGCGAAGUCAACGGGCGGGUGGGCUGGUUCCCCUCCACGUACGUAGAAGAGGGCGAGGAGUGAACGGCUCAACGAUCGCACACAAGAGAAAGGAAAUUGAAGGAAAAAAGCAGAUGGACUGCAUUCGACUGGACUACACUGAGCUGAGUCACAGAGUCAGCUGAUUGGCUGGUGCUCUUGCUCAAUCUCUGUCUUGUUUGUCUAUCCUGGAGGAAGUGCACAGGGUUUGAUAGAUGAAGGACUGUCUCUCAGGGAGCAGAUUAUAAAACACAACCCCGAACCCUCAGCCAGACUGCAUCUUAAAAGACCCUUUCGGGCGCCUGGACGUGGCGUCGCGGAUAAAUCCAGGCCUAGGAUGGAACGCACGGAAUCGGACUUACACCGUGAGCUAUUUCUGUAUGUAUGUGGCGGUUUGUCGGCUCACAGGGAAACAUGUUUGUCCUGACCUUGCCUGAGUCCUCCUUACCUCCACUAUUAUUGAUGAUGCCCCCUCCCCGUGUGUACACUGCCCUGGAGGUGUUCUCACACACGGAAGACCCUCCCACCCUGCUAUUCAUCUCCGAUUAAGAUCAUAGCUCCCUGCCAUGUAGGCUGCGGUAAUUGAUUGCUGUCUCUUCCCUGUUUCCUUCCUACGAAAUCUCUCUUAUUUUCAGAUUUCCACUUAAAGUGAACGACCGGUUGUUUUGUGCGUCGUGUUUCUGGCACGCUUAUCUCGGGAGAUAUAUUGUGGGGUUGUCACGGCGUGUUUAUCUGAUUUACGUGGUACCAUGUCGGCAGGGAGACACGCAGCGAGACGUUGACAGGAAACAAAAGGGAUCGCAGGUGACAGGCCUGUAAACAGCUUUUUCAGCAGGGGUUCACGGCCCCGAAAGCAUUGUGUCACCCCAUCCAGAAAGGAUCCUGGUAGAUAGCGCAGACAGUGCCUUCUCAAUCAACUAAUGAGGGGGAUUUACACACAUUUGCAAGAAGAAUUGACACAUUGAAAAACAAUGAGGCAGAUCAUUCUGUUUUAAAUCCAGUGAAUCAGAACUCUUGAAAGUUUCGUGAUGUGUAAAUUAGUGGUUGACCGAUAUGGAUCUGAUGCAGAUAUCUAAAUUUUAGGGUGGCCAAUAUUGUGCUGAUAUAAUACACUGCCCGAAAAAAAAAAAGAAGUUUGGAUUUAAAUAGGCAAAUGCUUAAGAGUAUAUGACUAGAUCAUUAUUGAAGUGAUUAUUAUGUUUCUAGCAUGUUAUAUGUUUGGCAACAGUUCUUCUGACCCUAAUUGAUGGAGUGUGUAGCUUUUCAUUUCUUAAACAACCAUAUAGGAAGACACAUCAUGGCCAUAUGCCAGAAUGACAAAGCCAAGAUUCAUCAGGCUCAAAUUGUGAAAGAAUGGUUGGGAGGGAGCAUGAAGAAUCAUUUUCACAUGAAUUGGUACUUCUGAAUCCAGAACUUAAUUUCAUUGAAAGUCUUUGGGAUGUGCUGGAGGAGACUUUACAGAGUGCUCACCUCUUACAUUGUCAGUAUAAGAUCUUGACCAAAAUUGAUGCACCUCUUGAUGGAAAUAACAUCAUUUGGCCAUGAUUUGUCUUUCUACAUGGCUGUUUAAGUAAUGUAAAAGCUACACACUCCAUCAAUUAGGGUCAGAAGAACUGUUGCCAAACAUAUAACAUGCUAGAAACGUAAUAAUCACAUCAGUAAAGAUCCAAUCAUAGACUCUUAAGCAUUAGUUUACCAUUAGUGUAUAUUGACAACCUUCUUGGCCAAGGGUUAGUAAGACAUUUCUUCAUUAAAUCUAAAUAUAGCAGUGCUCUGUACUGUCGGAUAGGAUACUGGAUACUUUUCACUUCCUGCAGUAUUCCCCUUUGGGACUCAUUCUUCCAAGAAUUUUCCAGUGCUGUAAUGAAUUAGGUGAAUGCUUUACCUGUCUGCAACUACGUGUAGAUCUGUGCAAUCUGAACUGCCUCUAAACUGUGAUGAAAUGAAAGUUUUCAGAGUGUUUAGACUGUGUUGAGGUGACAGACUCUAUAACAGGAGAAAGGUCAAAUCAGGAAACACUCAAACUGCUGGUUUGUCUCAAAUGGUUAGAUAAAAGUGCACUCACAAAGGAUUAUUUAUUUAUUUGUGAUCUAAGAAGAGACUUUGACAGGAAAAGACAUUCAAAGGAAUACCGACAAAUGACUGAAAAGCUUCAACCGAUAAAAAUGAAACGCAUAAACAGAAAUACACUCCCAUGUGCCUAUAAAGAAGUCCAAUGUAAAGCGUCUCCAUUUAUAACUGGCUGUUCUUUCUUCACAUUAUGCUUUGAUUGAACACAAAGACAAAUCUUUUAUCGUUUUACUUUUGCCUUCCCAAAGAGCUACAUAAUGUACAAAGUUGUCAUGUGAGCAAGAAUUAUGUAUUUUUUUCAUUCCUGUAAAAUGAGAUGUGUAGAGUAAAAAAGGUAAAUAUUUAUUGAUUUAUAUAUCUUUAUCUGUGUUAUAAAGAUUUUGUCUUUUAAAUGUAUAAUGUGAAUAAGGCAUCGAUCAGCCGUCUCAUUGUGUGAUCUUUGUCUCAAUGUAGCACAAUGUAACACCACUAAGUGGCAGCAUCAUUACCAGAUGCAUCUCUCUUCAUUCUCACCCUCUUCUGAUGAGCUUAUAGUUUUCCUUCCUCCUCUUUGGUUCUUUCCUUCAAUUCUCCCAGUUAUCAUAAUGCUGCCUUUAAGUUCAGGAAAGUCUGUACUAAUGAGUUUGAAAGACAAACUAAAAAGACCACUAAAAAACAAAGAUGGCGUUGCUGUGAAAAAAAGUCUAUACUAAUUAGCUUCCGUCAUGAUCCAUUAACACAUUCAGAAACUCUGGGCUCAAAGUUUCCCAGCUAAUAACUUUCAUGUACGCUCAACUCAUAAAUAUGAUCAUUCUGACAUGAUUUAAAGGCAGCAUAAGGCCCAAUGAUAUUUAAAGAUUCAGUAUUUUCCUGUAACGCUGUAUCAGUUCUCUCCUCACUGUUGUUAUGUCACAGAGGAUUCGAGUAGAUUAACUUCUCAUUAGGAAAAUCACAUUUACCAGCUGUUUAUGGCAUGACCAUACCUCUCCCUCCCUUUAUUUCUAAAGGUUAAAGGUUGGUUUUAGCAUUGGCUUUUUUUUUCUUUCGGGCUUCGACUGAAAGAGGAUUUUUGGUCUGGCACCGAAAUCUGGGGCGAAAUCCGUGCCCGAGGCAGAUUAUGGUCUUCUCUUGGGUUCGCUGUUCCCUUACACUCUAACUGCGAGCGGUAGAAUUGGUUUUCUAAGCUUUCUCACCGGUAAUCUGUUCCCACUCCUCUCUCCCCAGAGAUGAACCCUGACAGGACGGAUUUAACAGGCUUCCACACGUCGUUAUAUAUUUAUAUACGGCAGAGUUUGUUUCAACAGAGUUGUGGGCCACUAAUCACCCAGCAAUCUCUAACCUCGAAGGAAAGGGAUUUCUGUCUCUAUUUUCUCUUUCUGCGGCAUCGCCUGAUGUUUUCUCCACUCACACCUUCAUAAUCAUAUUCUCCACUCUUUAUCUAGAUGCCCUUCGAACUUUUUUAUGUAAUGCUAAGGGCAUAAAAGUUAAGUGAGCGCAUAUUUGAAGUCUGGUUUGUUGUGCUGAAAGUCACUAAAUGUCUCGUGCUUUUUUUGUGUGUGUAAUAAUUGCUAUUGUGGCAUUUUCUAUGUGCAACAAUUUCUGGGGCUAUUAAACAAGCAAAAAGCCAUAUUUAUGUAAUCAACCUUGAGUAACAGAAUGACGGUACUCUGAGGGGCUCAUGUUUAAUGAUCUGCUGUCCACUGAAGCCAAAGACAUACACAAGCCUGGCCGCCAUGUAAACCACCACAGUGGCCUAACCUGUAGCAGUGCAAUCCGAGUGUCCUGCAGCGCCACCUAGCUGCUGUAUCGCACUUGAAACUGUAUAUAUGUUAAUAAAGUUGCAAUAAAAAUGUA